CCCGCAGCAGCAGCGUCGUGAGCCCCGCAGCCCCGCGGAAACUCUCUGGACCGGAUCCGGCGCAGGUGCAUCGCUCCGAACCUCCGAACCUCCGAGCCUCCUCCUCCGCCCGGUGCAUGCGCCGCGUCUGACCGCGUCCGCAGCCAUGGCGUCCCGGCGGCCCGACAGCUUCGACGGGCUGGGCUACAGGCUGGCCCCGGACCCGCAGCUCCAGUACCGGGUCACGACUCCUCCGGACAUCCCGGGCAGCCGCAACCUGCACCGGAGCCCGCAGUACGAGGACCCGGGGGCAGAGGCCGGGGCCUACAGAGCGGCGGCCGGCUGGGACGCGCCGCAGCCCGGCCUCCCUCCCUCCGAGCAGCUGAACCGAUUCGCCGGAUUUGGGAUCGGACUGGUCAGUUUGUUCACUGAGAACGUUCUGGCUCAUCCCUGUAUCGUGUUCCGCCGCCAGUGUCAGGUGAACGUCCACGCUCGCUGUUUUCACCUGACGCCCUUCAGCGCCGUGUCCGUCAUGUACAGCAUCAGUAAAGCCCAGGGUGUGCGUUCUCUGUGGAAGGGCAUGGGCAGCACGUUCAUCGUUCACGGCGUGACGCUCGGCGCCGAGGGCAUCAUCAGCGAGUUCACGCCGUUACCACGGGAGCUUCCUCAUCGGUGGAGUUGGAGACAGUUGGCUGGUCACCUGCUGCUCAAAGGGUUGACGGCCGUCGUGGCUUUGCCGUUUUACUGCUCCAGCCUCAUCGACACCGUACAGAGUGAGAUCGUGCGUGACGACUCCGCCUCGCUCCUCGACUGCCUGCGGGAGGCGCUGUCUCGUGUUCUGGGUAUCGGUGCUCCUCACAGUCGGCGUCUGCUGCCGCUGAGCGCUCUGCUGUUCCCCGCCGCGCUGCACGCCGUCCUCAAGUACUGCGUGUCCACCUGCGUCCAGAGGGCGGCGCUGUGGCUCCUGCAGCGGCGCAGGAAGGAAGAGGCGUCCGACCCUCUGGACUCGUACUUCGUGGACUUGGCGUCGCAGUGGGCGGGGUCUCUCUUCUCGGACGUGCUGUGUUUCCCUCUGGAGACGGUUCUUCACCGUUUGGCGCUGCAGGGAACUCGCACCAUCAUCGACCACACGGAGCAGGGCGGCGCUCUUCAGGUUCUGCCCGUCAACACGCAGUACGACGGGUUCUCCGACUGCCUCUCCUCCGUCCGACACAAAGAGGGCGCCGCCUCCUUCUACCGCGGCGUCGGCGCGCUCACGGCGCAGUACGCCCUGCACGCCGCGCUGCUCGCCCUGAGCCGCGCCGCGCUCAGGCUCGCCAUGGACGCCAAAGCUCUGCGGGCGUGACCGCGAUAUGCAAAUCAGGCCACGCCCAAAUAUGGCCGCAGGAAGAGACUUGUGACGUGUUUAGAUUAUUUAUCCCGAAGUUCAUUUAAAACUAGAGUCUGCGAGAAAUGACCUGCCCAAGUCCAGCGCUGGAACCACCCGAGGACCCGAGGGACCCGAGGGACCCGAGGGACCUGAAGGACCUGGAGGACCCGAGGGACCCGACUGAGGGACCUGAGGGACCCGUGAGUCUGACGUUUUAAACGUUUGGCUGAAACUCCGGCCGUGGUUUUCUGUGUUCUGUUUGUUCUGUUCUGGUUCCUGGAGUCGUGUUUGUUUCGUUCACAUGUUCAACAUAAACGAGUUCUUCUCUCAAACUGAAAACACUCUGCUCCACCUUGUGAUGUCAUCGUGUGGUGAUACAGGAAGUGCUCCACUGUGUUUUUAAACUCCACACACCUUCACUAGAAUCACCUGGAUCAUUUCAGUCCUGGAGUUGUUGAUCUCGACUCAACUAAAGGGAAAAGGAGCUGAGAACUUGAUGACAUCACGAGGUGGAACAGAGCGUCUGGAGGUUUGCAGAUGUAACAGACUGAGAAUAAAGAGUCACUCAAACAAACACGACUCCAGCUCUGAGUGAGACCAGGACCACGAGAACAACAGAACAUGAGAACAACAGAACAUGAGAACAGAACAUGAGAACAGGAGAACAGGAGCGUCUCCUCUGUGGUUGUGGUGAAGUGCGCUCCCUCUAGUGGUCGUUUUCAGUAAGACAUUUCCAAAGAAUUCUGGGAAACGGAGUCAAACUGUGCCAAGUGUCAAAAGCAAACGACGUCUUCAAACGAGAACCACAGACUCACGUCUGCAUCCAGAACGACUGGAACCACGAGCGAGAACAAACCCACUGAAGGAACCAGGAUCAACAGGAACAUCAAGACUGGUUUAGUCCUGGUUUAGUCCUGGUUUAGUCCUGGUUUAGUCCUGGUUUAGUCCUGGUUUAGACCUGGUUUAGACCUGG